AGUUUGGAUGCUGUCAAUACUUACAGCAAUCUCAACUGCAGAGACUGGUCAAUCUUACUGUCUUAUCACUCGGGCACACUGAUGUGUAAAGUCCACGAUCUUCAUUUCCUAGCGUCUAAAGCUAAUCUGAAUCCUACCAACAUAACAGGAUGGAAUUAUUUCACAUACGCUUUUAGACGCACAGCAAAGUUUUUGGAACGCAGUUAUAUGCUGGUAAACUUUAAAAGUACAUGGACGAAAGCAAAGGAAUACUGCUUAGCCAUGGCUUAUCACUUGUUGGAAAUCGCCUCUGUAGAAGAAAAUACCUUCAUAGAUGGUUUAGCACAGAAUAAUCAGGUGUGGAUCGGCCUUUAUGGUGAGACCAUGUCACCUGAUGCGUAUGUGUGGAAUUUUUCCAUGAGACGACCACAGGAUUACAAUUAUAUGAACUGGGCAAAUUCUGAACCGUCAACAUUCUCAAAUGAAAACUGUGUUGUAUUCGAGUUUGACGGUUCUUGGAAUAACAUAAAUUGUAAAUUUGAAAAAGCAUUUGUUUGUGAGAAAUGAGUAGGAAAGGCUGUGAAUCUUGUAUUGCCUAGGGUGUGACCUAUUACUGAAUAGAUAUUUGGUCACUCAUCAAUAUUGUGAGAAGGGGUUGGUCUAGUCCAGCCAGCUAGAGGUUCAGUGGCAACACUUUAUUCUUAUGUUAUCAUGUAUCAUAAACUCUUGGGUUUUUGUUUCUAAAGCGAUCGAUUAAAAAUUUCAAAUUAACGUAGUUCCACACUCCUGUGACGUCAUAGGAUUUUGCAAAGUCAAUGAUUUAAUGAUAGGAACAUAAAUUUUGUUGGAAUCUUUUUCAACAGUUAUUGUAAAAAAUCUUGUUAGCCAUAAAAUAUUUCAAAAUUCUUAGUUAUAUUUGAAUAGUCAAUGAUAUGUUUCAAAAUAUUGAAUCCAAGGACGAUAACUCUGUUUUCAUUCAAUUAUUUAUCAAGUCCAUAAUGCGAUAGAUUUCCUUUAUUUUUGACAAACAUUUUACCAAGGUGAUAAGGAAUCAUUAUCUGUGUCUUUUCAUGAAAUUACAUAAAAUUUUAAUCCAUGAGUGAUUUUAAAUAGCUCAGCUGUAUGGUGUCAGACUUCAAUUUUUGAUGGGGGUAUACAUAAUCUGGAAGCUAUAGAUUUGAAAUUAUUAAGGAAAGGUAUGGAUUUUCCCCCAUGAAUAACUAUAACAGAUGUAACUCUACUAAUAUAAACAGAAAAAAUGAUAUGUAAACCAUGCUAUAAGGAAAAUGCGUCCACGUUUGUUUGUUUUUUAACAUUUUGGGGAAUAACGCUAAUUCAAUAACUUUGCACAUAUUAUUCUAAAACUUGAUGAACAUAUUGAAAAUGACGUGUUUUAGUUAUUAACAUGUUUCCCAAUAAAUAAAUGCAAUUCAAAAAAUAUUUUGUUGUUUUUAUAUUCAAAUAAGAACAAAUAACUGUUUCCAAUGAAUUUCAUAAAAAUCUACAUCGGGGUAUAUGACUUUAGUGGUGUAUGUAAUGAAAAUUAAUAUGGAAACCCUUAACUGUUUUGCCUUUUUUCAUUACUCUGAAUGUUAAUUUAUUGAUUCCAAACAAAAAAAUGCUACCUAAACCCCAAAAAUCCAGGACUAAGGACCCACCUU